UUAUUAUUAUUAUUACUAUCUGAUCAAGUAGAUUUAUCCAGUUACACAUUAAAAUAAUACGAUCAAAAAUGAAUAUUACAGAUAUGCAAUCGUCGAAAUCAGAAUGGAAUAAUGAUUGUACAACUGGAUAUAUACCUCAAGAACACAUGGAUGACAACAGUCAAUCAAAAACACUCUUAGAUAAUAUGACAUCAACUUAUGAUCAAUUACAAAAUCCAAAUAAAAAGACUAAAUUAACUUAUUCUUAUGAAAAGACAACAACAACAACGCUACUGCUUAACUCGACUUCAUCAUCCUCUUCAUCGCCUUCACUGUCUUUUAAUCGACCAAAAUCAUCAUCCCCAUCACAUGAAGAUUCAAAUUAUCUGAUGUUAAAUGAUUUGAUGAAUUCCAGUGAUAAUUUCAUUCACACAACAACAACGACAACAACAAUAAAUGAUGCUAGUAAAAAUUUAAACCAAGCAAAUAUACUACUGAAUAAUAAUAACUCAGAAAAUACUUCAAAUAUGCAUAUUUCUAAUCAAGAAGAUAAUGAGAAUAAUGAAAAUACGAAUGAUACAGUAGACGAAGACGAGGAUGAUGAUGAUGAUGAUAAUGACGGUGAUCGUGAUGAGGAUGGUGACGGAGAUGUUGAUGUAUGCUGUUAUAAUCCAUCUAUGGUAAUAUCAGAUAAAGCUUAUUCUCAAAUGUCAUCAUUUAAACAAACAAACGAUCGAUGCUCACUUAAUACUACCACCAAUAAUAAUGAUAAUAACAAUUAUGAAAGUAGAGAAAAUGAUACAUAUUUAAGCGAAAUUACUGAUAAUAAUAAUAAUAAUAGUAAUAUGAAAGAUGUUUAUUUAAUAAAUAACGAAUCAACAGAUAUGAUCCCAUUAGUUAAAAAACAAAGAUAUUCUUCAUCGAAUGAUUUGAACCCAGUGAAUGCGUUAAACGAACAUGAAGCAGAACAGCUUUCAUCAAAUACAAGAAUAUCUACAUCAAUAUCACAAGGAAUAUUAACUCCUUUGGAUAAAUCAUCAGCAUUUCAACGCAUAGAGUAUAGUGUCAAUCAAGCCUUAUCGUCAAAUGAAAGUAUACCAUCUACACAGAAUGAUUUCAGAAUGAAUGAAUCCAAUGAAAGCAUUCAAUUAAAUAAUAAUAAUAAUAAUCACACUGACUAUAAAUUUAAAGAAUUCCAAUCACAUUUUGAAUAUCCAAGUCAGUAUCAUCUGAAUUAUCCAAAUAUUCAUACUAAUACUACCAUAAAUAAUAGUAGUACUGUUACAGGAGAUCACCAUCCUCAUCCUCACCAAUCGCAUUAUCCUUUAAACAGCCCACAUCGUCAUCACCAACAUCAUCACCAUCUCCAAGAGGAACAACAACACCGACAGCAAAUUAAAGACUAUUCAUCAUGCUCUACAUCAUCACCAUUACAAAAUUAUUUUCCAUCCUCAUUACCAUUUGAACACUUGUCACGUUAUUCAGACUAUAAUAAUAAUAAUAAUAUUACUAGCAAGAAUACUGACAAUAAUAGUAAUAACAAUAUAGGUUUCAUUAAAGAAUCUAAUCGUCUCAAUUUAAAUAGUGCGCAAAAUGAAUUGAUCAAUCAUUCAAUGUUCAAUAAAGAUAUUGAACAUUUACGUAAAUCAAUCAUGAAUAAAACUAUCCCUCCAUUGAAUAAUAUUAAUGAUAAUUAUAAUACUGAGAAGCUGUUAACAUUUAAUCAAAGUUUAAACAGUAAUAAUAAUAAUACACUCAAACAUACUCCUCAUUUGAGUAGUAUAUCAACUACAACAACUAAUGAACAUUUGCUAAAUAAUCGACAUAUAGAACCACCAUUUCCGUCAGUUAUUUCAAAUAAUUUGAACGAAAAUAUAAUUCCUAGACUAGUUUCACAUUCAAUUGUUACACCGCUUCAAUCGAAUCAUUCGUCGUCAAGAACAAUACCAUCAUAUCCAAGAAAUAUAAAUGAAUGUACAGAAAAUCUAUCAAGAUUAGGACAUUUAAAUUGGGCGUCAAAUAACAGUAAUAGCAACAAUAAUAAUAAUAAUUCGUCACAUCCGUAUAAUCGAGGACAAACAGGAUAUUCAACAGAAUUCACAAAUACAACAAGACGAAGAAAUGCUACAAAAGAGAGUACAACAACACUGAAAGCAUGGCUACAAGAGCAUAUAAAAAAUCCUUAUCCAACUAAAGGUGAAAAGAUAAUGCUUGCCAUUAUAACAAAAAUGACACUAACACAAGUAUCAACAUGGUUUGCAAAUGCUAGAAGACGUUUAAAGAAGGAAAAUAAAAUGACAUGGACACCGAAACACAGAGGUGAAGAACAAGCGGAUGAUGAAGAUGACGAUGAUGACGAUGGCGAUGAGGAUGGCGAUGAAGAUGAUAUGGAUGAUGCCGGUGAUAAUGCUGAUGCUAAUGGUCAUGUUGAUGAGAAUGAAGCAGGUGAUGAUGAAGUAGGCAGUCGUCGUGUUAACCAACGGCAUCGUGAUGACAGGAAUAGAAAAGAAGGCAAGCAUAGAAAUGUGGAUAAUAAUAAUAAUCCCGGUGACAAUGAUCAAGAAGAUGAAAUGACUGGAUCUGAUGAAGAAUUAAACAUUAUGGAAUUAGCAUCCAGUCAAAAUCGAAAUCAUUCCGCGCUAAAUAACUACUUUAAAAAUUAUUCCUCUGAUAAGCAUAAUAAAUCUAUGGUCAAACCUGAUUUAUUUAAAACAAAUUUUCAUGAAAAUGAAUCAUACAACAGUAUUAAUAAUAAUAAUUCAUUAAUGAAUAUGAAGAAAUUCGAUGAAUUCCACCAUUUCCCAUUGAUUUCAUCCUAUCCAACACCAAAUACCUCAUUCUUAAUGAAUCAAAUACAACCUAAUUUGAAUGCUACGACUACUACUACUAAUACUGCUGCUAAUGCAACAUUUGAUUCACUGUUCAAUGAACAGUAUGAUAAAAUGAAUUUAACAUUGAAUCAAUUGAACACAUUUAACAAGAAUCAGUGUGCCGCACCUCAUAAAGCAUUUGAAAAUAAUAUAAUAAUAAUAACACCAACAGUGCGACAACACAUAUAACAUAUCAGUUAAAUAAUUUUAUUGAAAAUCAUAUAAAUGAAUUUAAAGAUAAAAUUGACAAGAAAAAAUUUAAUGUCAAUACAGAUAAUACGGAUGAAGUUCCUUCAACAGAAAUGAAGCUAACAAAUAUGUCGGGUAGAAUUCCUCAAUCAAACUGGACAGACAUGAUAAACCCGUCAUCUGUUAUGAAAUACGAUUCGAUACCUUUUGGAUCAUAUUAUAGUCAUCCUCAUCCUCAUCAUUACAGCCAAAGUAUGCCACUGCCGCAUUAUGCACAGGAGAAUUCACAAGUCCCGUCGUAUAUCCAUGCGCUGAAUUCAUCGAGCAGAACAUAUCCAGUUAAUCCAUUACCGAUGACAGAUUUUAUGAAUACAUCAUCAGCAUCAUCUUCUUCUACAGUUUCUCCAGGGGAACAUACUUCAUUGUUAAUGCCGUCAGCCUCAACAACAACAACGACAACGACUGAAACAAGGGCGACAGAAAUGCCAAUAACACCAACAACAUCAAAUUCACUUUAUACACAAUUAUGUAAUUUUCCAAAUUCAAUGCAUUUAUUAUCCCCAACACCCUUCAAUUCUACAGAUCCCAAUUCUGAAGUUGUUAGUAUAAAUAAUAAUAGUAAUAUGCUAUCCCUUACGAAUAUAUUAAAUUCUAAAGAAUUUCUUUCACCUAAACUGAAUCGUAAUGAUAAUCAUGGUGAAACUUCUUUACCGACUUCAUUGUUAACUCCGAAUGAUACGGUGACCAGUACACUUGGUUACAUGCAAAAUUCUAAUAAUAUUAAUAAUAAUAAACUAUCUUUUCAUACAAUAGACAAUAUUCACAAUAGUACAGUAUCAGAGACAACUACAAAGAUAUCGACAACAUCAACACUAACAGCAGGUGUAACAUCACCACCAGUGUCAACGCUGAAUUCAUUAUGGUCACCACAGUUACAGCAGUCAAUGCGUGUAGAAGAAAGUAAUCUAAGUAUGAAUUCUGGACAGACAACGGAAACAGCAACAACUACAGGUGGCACAUUUUGGCAGUCAACCAACUCCUCCUUAACAGUACCUAUUUUAUCCUCUAAUAAUAAUAAUAGUAAUACUUGUACAACAGCUCAUAAUAACUUGCAUGAUACAUCAUCUAAAGCGGUGUCGAAUGAUUUUACUGCUACCAGUAAUAAUAAUAAUAACAGUAGUCGACAACGAAUAAUCCCGGACGACUUGCACACUUCGCCUACCCUUUGGUCAGAUAACCAACUACACGAAACAUAUAAUAGUGAAUUAAAUCAUCAUUUAUUUUAUCAACCUUUGUAUAACUCUAUGAAUACAAUGCCUACACGAUAAAUAGGCAUAAACAAGAUAUUUCUACAAGUAGUUAGUCUAGUUUCCCUUCUUUCUGUAGAAUCAUGUGUAAUUAAUUAUAAUUAUAACUCACCGACUCAUUCAAUUACUCACUCAAUCACUCACUCGUUCACUCGCCUUCUAGCUCGCUCACAUUCAUAUUCGCAUUCUCACUCCUUAAAAUGAAAAAAACAAAAGCACACACAACUAAUUUAACUUAAUUUCUUGAUGUUCACACAGUUUUAU